AUGCUGAUAGCAGGUUUAAUACUAGCUGGAAUUAUUUUUUUAUUAAUUCAUUUUCUCCGAUCUGAUGACACUGGUGAUUCAUCGAUUCCAUAUGCCAAAUGUGCUAGUUAUCCUAUUGUUGGUCAUUUAUUUUCUUUCUUACGUGAUCGAAGAAAACUUUUCUUAGAAUGUAGUAAACAAUAUGGUGAUUGUUUUCGAAUUCGAAUGUUUAAUCAAUAUUUUACAAUGAUAUUAUCUCAUACUGAUUGGACAAAUGUUGUACGAAAUUCAGCAUUUCAAUUUUCAGCGACUGAUUUUGCUGUGCAAAUAUUUGACAUAUCACGUGUCUUUCAUGGUCGAUCAGAUUACGAUGCUGAUACUCAUCGAUUGUAUAUUCAACAUUUAAAAAAUCGUGAAGGAUUACGUCCAAUAGUCACUCAAUUUGUUCGACAGAUGCGAGAAUUAAUUAAAAAUGAUAAAACGAUUCUUGAAAAGAAUGGUAAUACAUCUGAAUGGAUAUCAAGUGGUUUACUUGAGUUCAGUCACCAUAUGCUCUAUCAACCUUCAACAGUUGCACUAAUUGGUGACACUAAUCCAUUGGACGCCGAAGAUGAUUUUCGUUUAUUCGAUACUAAAUUUCAUUAUUUUCUAAUACCUUUUCCUCGUUGGAUGGCUUCUUUACUUCUCUCACGAGAAUUUCAAGCUCGUUCACGGUUGAAUGAAUUCUGGCCUAAAACUCUCGAUCCACCAGGUUCAUCUCAAUUUCAUCGAGAUCGAUUAGAAAUGUUUUCAAAUCACUCCCAAUGGAUGCCAGAUAAAGAUAAAGCAGCUCUUCAAACUGCUUUCUUUUGGGCAUCUUUAGGGAAUACGAUUCCUGCCGUCUUUUGGUCUCUAUUUUAUAUUUUACGAGAUCCAAAAGCUAUUUCUACUAUUACCGAAGAAAUCAAUACACACUUACCAGCUGUUCCAUUAGAUGGAGACGAAGAUUGGACACCAGAACAAUUAGAUGCCUGUGUUUAUUUAGAAAGUGCUAUUAAUGAAACUAUUCGAUUAGUUGGUACAAUUUUUAUGACACGAAAAUGUAUUAGAGAUGCUCAACUUAUAUUACAAGAUGGACGUACUGUUCAAUUUAAAGAAGGUGAAAAUCUGGCUUGGUUUGCUGGUGCAAGUCAUUACAGUGAAAAGUUUUUUGUCAAACCAAACGAAUUUCACUUCGAUCGAUUUCUAAACAAGAAAGCAGAUAGCGUUCCUGGUUUUAUGCCUUUUGGAGGGGGAAAAAGUAUUUGUCCAGGAAGAUUUUUUGCAAAAUUUGAAAUUAAAGCGUGUCUUGCCAUGCUUUUACGAUAUAUGGAAUAUCAAAUUCAAGAUACACAAACCAUUCCAACACAAAUGAAAGCUCGAAUAGGUUUUGGAAUUGCACCACCUACUAAAGAUAUUCCAAUAAUCUAUCGAUAUAAAUCAUAA